CGAGGGACCGGCAGAGGGGCUAGCGGAGAGGCCAGAGGGGAGACCGGCCGCAGGACCGGCCGCGGGGCUAGCGGAGAGGCCAGAGGGGAGACCGGCCGCAGGACCGGCCGCGGGGCUAGCAGAGAGGCCAGAGGGGAGACCGGCCGCAGGACCGGCAGAGAGGCUAGCGGAGAAGCCAGCAGCGGGGCCGGUAGGGAGACCGGCCGAGGGACCGGCAGAGGGGCUAGCGGAGAGGCCAGAGGGGAGACCGGCCGCAGGACCGGCCGCGGGGCUAGCAGAGAGGCCAGAGGGGAGACCGGCCGCAGGACCGGCAGAGAGGCUAGCGGAGAAGCCAGCAGCGGGGCCGGUAGGGAGACCGGCCGAGGGACCGGCAGAGGGGCUAGCAGAGGGCCGGUCAGCCGCGGGGCUAGUAAGGAGACCGGCAGAGGGACGGGCAGAGGGACCGGCCGCGGGGCUAGCGGAGGGGCCAGCGGGGAGACCGGCCGCAGGACCGGCCGCGGGGCUAGCGGAGGGGCCGGCCAGCAGCGGGGCUAGUAAGGAGGACCGGCAGAGGGGCCGGCGGAGAGGCCGGCAGCGGGGCCGGGAGGGAGACCGGCCGCGGGGCCCGGAGGAAGCCCCUCCCGGGUGGUCUCCUUCCCCGAGCGCCCGGCGUGGGGGCGGUCGGUCUCCCCGCGGACGCCGUCGCGGCCCGGCCCGGCCCCGAUGGCCCUGGCCGACAGCGCCCGCGGGUUGCCCAACGGGGGCGGCGGCGGCGGCGGCGGCGGCGGCUCCUCGGCGGCGGCGGCCGAGCCCCCGGAGGCCUCCCCGGCGGCGGCGGCGGCGCCGUUCCCCGAGAUCGUGGAGCUGAACGUGGGCGGGCAGGUGUACGUGACCCGGCGGGGCACGGUGGUGUCGGUGCCGGACUCGCUGCUGUGGCGCAUGUUCUCGCAGCAGCGGCCGCAGGAGCUGGCCCGGGACAGCAAGGGCCGCUUCUUCCUCGACCGCGACGGCUUCCUCUUCCGCUACAUCCUCGACUACCUGCGGGACCUGCGGCUGGUGCUGCCCGACUAUUUCCCGGAGCGCAGCCGGCUGCAGCGGGAGGCCGAGUAUUUCCAGCUGCCCGAGCUGGCCCGUCGGCUCGGGGGGGCCCCCCGGUCCGGCCCCGACGGUGACCCGCCGCCCCGGGGGGACGAGGACCGGCGGCAGCAGCAGCAUCCGCAGCAGCAGCAUCCGCAGCAGCAUCCUCAGCAUCCGCAGCAGCAGCAGCAGCAGCAGCAUCCUCAGCAGCAUCCGCAGCAUCCCUCCCCGGCCGGGGCUUCCUCGCCCUCCACGGAGCCCGCUAGCCCCGGCCCGGCCGCGGCGGCCCCCGCCGCCCCGUCCCCCUCCCCGGACGGCGUCCGGAGGUCGGGCUACAUCACCGUGGGCUACCGGGGCUCCUACACCAUCGGGCGGGACGCCCAGGCCGACGCCAAGUUCCGGCGGGUGGCUCGCAUCACCGUCUGCGGCAAGACCUCCCUGGCCAAGGAGGUGUUCGGGGAGACCCUGAACGAGAGCCGGGACCCCGACCGGCCCCCCGAGCGCUACACGUCGCGCUACUACCUCAAGUUCAACUUCCUGGAGCAGGCCUUCGACCGGCUGUCCGACGCCGGCUUCCACAUGGUGGCCUGCAGCUCCACGGGCACCUGCGCCUUCGCCGGAGGCACCGACCAGAGCGAGGACAAGAUCUGGACCAGCUACACCGAGUACGUCUUCUGCAGGGAGUGAGGGGGUCGGCCCCGUCCGGUCCCGGCCCGCCCCGGCCCGCCCCCUCCGACCCCCUCUCCGUCCCUCCGUCCUCCCCUGGCCGCCUCCGGCCGGUCCCCGCCUCCCCACGCCCAUCGCCCGUGACCUCACUGCAUCCCGUCUCCCCCGGCAACCGGCCCGCGCCCGUCCAGCCGCCCCCGAGGCGACCCAUCCGCCCCCCCCCCCCCGCCCCGCGGGGAGGGGGAGGAGGUGACGUCCGGGACACGGGGACGCUUAGAGAUCCCGCCCUAGAAAUCGUCCCCUGCCCGGCGUCGCGGGCCCGGCCCGGCCUCCCUGUCGCCGCGUCGGUGUCGGUCAGAAGUCGCCCCUUUUCCUUCUCUUUUCUCUUGUAAAACACGACGCACCCGCGCGCCCGCGCGCCGGGGCGCCCGGCCUUUCCGGCCCUCCCUCGGAUUCCUUCUCUUGGGGGAAACGACUUAGCGGCGGAGGGGCCGCUGGGCCCGGUCGAGGAGAGGGAGAAAGUUCGAAGGCUCCACGGGUUGGAAGGGGACGUCCUGAGGGCGAAACCGAACUUCUCGUCGGGAGGGUCCCGCGGGUGGUUUUCACUCGCGGGAGGGAAGCCGACUUCUGCUUCCCGAAACCGUUCUUCCCGGCCUACCCCCUGAAGGACUUUGCUUCGCUCUAGUCGGCCUGGCGGCAUUGAACCGAAUGCCUGCUACCUCAGAAGAAAUGCCCGGGGUCCCCGGCGUGGCCUGAAAUAAAAUCGGUUCCGAUCUCGGUAGGAAAGGGUGGCCGCCCGUCUCUCCUCGGAAAAACACAACUAUGUACCUAUAAUGCUUGCUUGGCGAGCGCGAGCCGGCGGUCGGUUCUGGCCGGCGAACCCUCUGACCCGGACUCGGGAGGGGAGAAGGCGGGAAAGGGGGAGAGAGGCAAACCGUUCUUGAAAUUUGAGCGUUUGUACCGCUGUGAGGGUACGUGCUGAACUCCAGCUCCCGACGGAAGACGGGAAAUGUGAUCCGUGUUUAUUAGGACGGAAAGGGGGGUCACGGUAAAAUUGCUUGGGAUUAAAAAAGAAAGUUUUGAAAAUUUGCUGAAAUUUUAAAGACGUUCCCGGUGUUUUAUAAUUUAACCAAAAAGAAAAAGAAAAGAUCCCGGACGGUUUUAAUGUAUGGACUUCCUCUUUUUGAAGAGGUCUACUUCUAGUCGUUUUUUUUUUUUUUAUUUUAUUAUUCCUCUUUCCUCGAGCAAGAUAUUUUUAGGAGGAUUUGAGACCGCUUGUCAAAUUCCACAUUUGAAAGAGCUAAACUUGGGUUUGGCGGCCACGUAAAACUGAAAACGACACUUUUGCCCAUUUUCUCCUGCCUCUUUUUGCUGUUAGGUAAGGUGGCGCCUAGCCGGUUGACUUAACCGCGGAGAAAUGUCGGGGAGCGCCAAAGUGGCGUCCGACUGUAGAUGAUUGUAAAAUGGAAUGACCUAUUUUUGAACGAAGCUGAAUGACCCCGCAGAGUUAGUUUAGCGAUAGAAAUGGUAAUCUGAGGUUAAUUCAACAGAAGGAAAGAACGAGACCUGGUCGCCUUAUGCCUUCACUCUAAAGUAGACCGACUCCCCUUGGGGCAUAGUCUCAUCUAGCCGUACAAAGCGAAAGGAAACUGACCCUUGCUACCCACUAUGUCCGAUGUCGUUCUCUGAAAAAUCGGUAUCCCGAAGGUCUUUCUAGUUUCUGUUGCAGUAACUUUCUCGGAAGUGUUUUCUAAGAGUUUUGUAAAGAAGCAGUUUUCAGUCAAAGUCUUUAAUUUAGCACUGUUUUUCUUUUCUUUUCUUUUUAAAUAAUAAUGAUGAUGAUACAAAUCUAACCUUGUACUAUAUCUUGCUAUGUACAUGGCAGACGUCAAGAACGGGAACAGUUUUAAUUCCAGAUCGGACGUGAUCGAUCCCAUGUGUAUAUACGAUAUAUAAACGUUUUACACGAAUCAUUUAGUUUUUUAUUCGUUUACUAGUGCUCUGAAAAUUUCAUAUAUUUAGUCUUAGCACUCUCUAUAUACUGUAGAUGAUAUGGCAACGUGUUCUGAUCGGUUUCCUCUGCUCAUUUCCGUGGAAAACAUAAGUAUAAAUGGAUUGUCGUUGCUGUAGUUGGCUAACACUUUUUAUUAGCUCUGCUGUGCGUUCGAUCCAAGUUUGUUCACAAAAUGUCUACCGUUGCCUUUUCCAUCCGCAUCAUUUUGGGUGGGAGGAGAAAGGGAGAAGAGCAGAGAGCGGGAUGAUCAAGUUCAGUACUUAGCAAUGGGGUGGGGGUGGGGGUGGGGGGGUCUUUUCAGACUGGCCGGGGUUGGAAGAGGAAAGGGAAAUAAGAAAGCCUAGGCAAUUAUCUGGAUAAUCCAGAUCAAGAGCAAUCCAUUUUUUCUGGAGUUUCAGUUCUUUGGCCCUAGUGGGACAUUAACUCUAGGCACGAUUUCCUACAUGCAAAGAAGCCUUUUAUUUGAUUCGUGUUCCAUGUGUGCGGGCCUAUCGUAGUGGUCGUCUAAAAUAGAUCCCACCUGAAAUGUGUUACUACAUUAGCCUCUCUCUAGAGUUGGAUAUUAAAAAAAAAAAUCGAUAUUCAGUUAGGGAUCUUAAACUCGUCCUCUAGACUGGAAGCUUCGUGGUCCAGGGAAUGUGUCUGUUUACUGUCUUGUCGCACUUUCCCGAGCGCUGAGUACAGUGCUCUGCACACCGUAAGCCCUCCGUGAAAUACGACGGAAUGAACGGAUUGAAGGAUUGGGGGUCGGGCCCAAGCAUCUGAGCUUCUUCUUCCAGGAGGGAUCCUUUCUCAGUGGUUGGACUCGAGUCAGGCUAAGUUUCAGUCAAGAUAACUCAAGAUGAAGUUGGAGCGUUGGCAGUAAUUUGGUGGAUUUUAUAUUAGGACCAAAUUAUUGGGUGAAAUGACUUAGAAACGGACCCUCUUCCUGGACCCUUCUCGAUUUCGGCUUGGGCUGGUCGCUUGCUCAGACUAGCCCGCUCUAUCUGUGUGGUCUAUCAAGCGCUGAGUGCGGCGCUCUGCACACGGAGAGCGCUCAAUAGAUACCUUUGAAUGAAUGGUCCCGGUUAUUUUUGAGCGUCGGGUGAGCCGACGGAUAUCCGGAGGUGUCCGAAGGAACCGAUUUCUCGUCGAAAAUAAAAUCGGAGAAAUUGAAAGUGAAGAGUCGGCUGGGCAACGGGUUUAUCAAAGAGGCACACCGUGACAGUCGAUGCCCUUGUGUCGAUUUUGCAACGAUAGGUUUGACGGUUCAUCUGUUUUUAUACAUCGGAUCAUGAUCCGUGUUCCUGCUUUUUUUUCCCCGUUUAACGGGGCAGAAGAGACCAAAUUAAAAUAUUUUUCUUUUCAAUAUCCAUUUUGCUUAUGUACUUUUAUACUUUGAUUGUUUGAUUAAAAGAAAUUUAGAGCGUACUGUACUUCGCAUUGUGGCGUUGGCGUAGUCGACAGGGAAAGCUCUCCCUCUACCGCCCUCGCCAACCUGAUCGUUUGGUGCGGCGGCUGUUGGGUGCCUUGAUGCUUCUCUAAAGAAGUGAGGAGGUCAGUGGCGACCUGUGGAAAACUUUCCUGCGACCUGGCAACCGAGGAUGCACAUCUGACAUCGGGCGAGUUUUCCUCAGUGGAAGAGAUUUUCUCGGAGCUUCAUUACAUAUUACAGCCGUGUAGGUCACAGCUUUGAUAACUUGGCACAGUCUAAAUAAAGCUAGCUCCCCUCUCCCUGAGCCUCUCAUAGCGUUUUUGUAAUAUCUCAGAAAAAAAUCACUUCACAGACGACUGUAACACUGACCCACGGUAGAGUUGCGAGAAGAGAUGGAAACUCAGAAUGCCUUCUUUCAGGUGAGAUCAAGAUAUGCCUUGCUGCUUCACUGAAGGUUUAGAUGAGCGAGAGGACUCUUCUAAUGAGAGGAGAUCCCACUAGAAGAAACAUCACUGUUUUGACCGAUGAAUGACGGCUGUAACGAUUAUCUUCCAAAACAAAAUAGCCGGGAAGAAAUCUUCACAUAGUGUACUUUGUAUUUUUUUUUUUUAAGAACCGUCAAACCCUUCUCAGAUGGCGUAAGUGGAAGGGGAAAAUUUCUCUAGGUACUUCCCGAGUGCUCUAGUGAUCUUUAUUCUUCCUAAUCACGACUAGCUGGACGAUAGACUAAAUAACGUCUUUCUCCCUGUAUUGUGGAGUAAUGAAUGAUUGUGACUUGUUCUGUAUUCUAUUAAACACUAAAUAACAAAGCA